AAGGCCACUAGUACGACGUCACUGUCACCCAAACGUUUGUCAGUAAAAAGUGAAAAUUCCCAAUAAAAAUGUCCCCUCUAGUAAAACGCGUGGCGGGCGUGGCGUCCAGGCUACUGCGCAGUCGCGUGGCAACCAUAAAAAAGAACUUCUCGGACCACGAAGAACCCGAAGAAGAGGAGCCCUGGAACCUCGAACAGAAGUGCGCCAUAGUAAACGGAGGUGCCUCCGGGAUAGGCCUGGAAAUCUCCCGGGAGUUCCUCAGCAGGGGCGUCCAGAACCUCUCCAUAAUCGACAUUAACGAGGAAACAGGCGAAAGAGCCCAGGAAGCUUUGAGCAAAGAGUUCGGGAGCGGCAAAGUGUUAUUUUUCCAAGCAGACGUGUCGGACUCCAAGACCAUGGACGACGUCUACAGGAAAUCGAUCCAGUUCCACGACGUUCCCGAUAUCGUGGUGAACAGCGCCGGGAUCAUGAACGACACCAAAUGGGACAAACAGAUCUGGACCAACAUGUCUGGAUACGUGGUGGGCACCCUGCUGGGCCUCCAGUACAUGUCCAGGUCGAGUAACGGCUACGGGGGCAUCAUCGUGAACAUCGGAUCCAUCCUGGGGAUCAUCCCUUCCUCUGGAUACCCCCUGCACACCAUGACCCAGUUCGGCGUCUGCGGAUUCUCCAAGGCUCUAGGGAGCGGACGGCACAUCCAGAGGACUGGAGUGAAGAUCUUCGCGCUCUGUCCUGGAUUGACUGAUACUCGGCUGCUGUCCGAGGCACCUUCGAAGGCGAUCAACGAGAGGUUCGCACAGGAGUAUGCCGACGAGAUCGAUGGUACCACACCCCAGAGACCGGACAGUGUUGCCAAAGGUUUGGUGGAGAUACUGGAGCAGGCGCAGCCUGGAUCGGUUUGGGUGGUGGAGAACGACGAGAGCCCUUAUGAAGUUACGUAUCCCGGAAAUGUGCUGGAUAUCAAACGGGAGGGCGAAACGAAGGAGGGGGAGGAGGAGAACGCGACCUCAGUAGUGUCUAAUUAGUGGAUGUGUGUUGGAUAAAUUAAAGUGUUUUUAUCGGUUUUUGUUUUAUUAAAAUUGGACUAAGAACAGCAAAGUUAUGGGGGUUUAUUUGAUUUAUCGCGGAUGUUCAGAGGGUUAAUUUAAUUUUCUCUUGUUUAUUUUUAGGGUGAUUUUCCCCAUUUAAACUGUCAAGGAAAGAAAAAUGUUUUUUCUA